ACCACGUUCGAGUUUCAUCUUUGGUCAUCUUCUUGAUAUUGAGAGAUACAAAACCUCAACAGGCAGAACAAUGAGCGAAUUUCUGCUGAAAAUACGACUUGAAUACGGACCGAUAUUUGUCUUACAUUUUCUACACUUGACUUUCGUGUUCUUGGCAGAUGCGACGUAUUUGCGACAUGUUUUCAUCGACAAUUACAAGAGCCUGCAUAGAAGUCCCUUCCUUUACAGUAAAGCUGGUUUUGUUUAUGGCGAGAGAGGAGCUGGUUGUGGCUUAUUGACCAGCACAAACGAAGAAUCCUGGCGCAAACAUCGGCAAAUUAUGAAUCCAGCAUUUCAUCGUAAGAGCCUUAAAGAAUUUGUCAGUAAUUUCAAUUAUGUCUCUGAUCUGUUUUCAACACGGAUGGAUACAAUUGUCGAUGGUGGCCAGCCGACCAGUAUGGUACAAGAAUUUGGCAAAGUAACUCUGGAAGUUACAAGUCAAGUGUCAUUCAAUUUUAAUACGCAUGCUCUUGAAGACUCAAAUUCCCCCUUUCCAGCAGCAGUAAAGGAUUACCUCAGUGGCGUGCAGGACAAUUUCAACAUCCCCGUCAGCCACACCCUUCUGGGAAUAUUCCAGUUCAAGCUUUUCCAGAAUGCCAUCAAAAGAAAGCAAAUUGCUGCAGCUCGAUUUCUCAGAAUGUUUGCCUCGGAUUGUAUUAAAACUCGAAUGAAAGACAUUGCUAAUGGGAAAGCUGUUCCAGACGACUUGUUGAGUAUUUUAAUAAAAGAUGGCAGUUUGUCAAUGGAGGAUAUAAUUGACGAAUUUGUAACCAUUUUUCUCGCUGGACAAGAGACAACUGCUAAUUCUUUGUCUUUUGCCUUGUACGAAAUCAUUAGCAAUCCCCAUGUUGAGGAGGAACUUUUGAACGAGCUGGACACUGUUCUUGCUGGACGUGAUUAUGUUGAGUUUGAUGAUUUAGCGAAAUUGACGUAUCUUGGUCAGGUUUUAGAGGAAAACUCACGAAAACACCCAAUAACGGCACAAUUGCCAGGAAUGGUGUCGACAGAAGACGUCACCAUUGGUGGUUAUAUUGUUCCAAAAGGGGAUUUCAUUCACACAAGUGGGAUACUUUUUGGAAUGAACCCUGAAAUUUGGAAGGACCCUGAGGUCUUUGAGCCAGAGCGUUUCUCCAAUACUGAGAACAUUCCAAAUUUCAGCACGACCCAUUUCCCCUUUUCCUUUGGCCAGCAUAGUUGCAUCGGACAGAUGUUUGCAAAGUUUGAGUCAAAAGUUAUUCUUGCAAAAUUAUUGCGGAAGUUUCAAUUCAAACUAUUGCCAGGUCAGACUGACAGAAUUUUGGAAAGACUGACAAUUACUCCACGAGACGGUGUCAUGUGUGAAGUCAGCAGACGUGAAUAAUGAAUGCAAAACAUUUGGUAUGUUAACCUCUUGUAAUAAACACUUCUUCUUUUGCACUCCACAAAGAUUGGUUUAUUGAAUAUUCCGCGUAUUAAAUCUAUAUAAAUUAGUUAUAGUGGUGUAACUCUCUAGAAAGACUUAGUUUAGGUUGGAUGAUAAAACAAUGCAAAUUUACUUAUUGGACGUUGUGAUUGAAUCAUCAUAGACGGCGAAAUCGUUAAAUGUGUGAUUAAGACCUAGGUUAUACGUUGCAUUUUGGUCGCGUCGAAUGCAAUUCUAACAAUAGAUAG